AUGGAAGAAGCAAUCCAGAUUCUGACAGCACAGAAGAUCCGCGAGUUGCUGACACUCUGCGGAAUCGGUGAUCGCAGUGACGAGCCGAUCAAGCAACAUAUCCUUAGCAUUUCUAAUUUUGGUGAGUACUCGGCCGCUGUUGGGAGCCGCAGGACAAACCAGCAACAGAACUCCGAGGAUCUUAUCGGGCAUUAUCAUUCGCAGAGAGAUGUGGCAGAGUGGGUUACGCGGGGUUGGAUGGCCGUGCUAGAAAGAAAAGGAAAAGGGAGGUCCUCCCAAAAGGAUAGUGACGCCGCGUCAGCCGGACAAACCGAACAAGCUAACAAUUGCGCUGGGGUGGCAACCGAUAAGUCACUGGUUUCUGGAGAGCCGAAGGUCGGCAGCACUGCUCCCGCAGCUCACGGCGAGGCAUAUCCAACGAGCAAUAGCUCCGCUCUGCCAGAGGUGGAAGCGGAGAGGCACUCUGCAUUGGAUUCGCCUUCAUCUGCAACGGAAGACGUGCCUCGCCCGGAUCAUCAGAAAGAACCUGAUUGCCCUAGUUUGGCAGCUACUCACAUAUGCUCUGGGUCGACCUUUGACGUUAAUGGCGCCGGCUGCAUUACUCUGCUCCCUUCAAGGCUGUCUUCUAUGCCAACUUUGUGCGCGUCAGCCAUGAGAACGAUCGAAGCGAUAUUGACGAACUGUGUAAAGUUAAAUUAUGCGCUGACAAAAUACGGGCGUCAAAGAAAGAUUGUUACUAUAACAACGAAGAUCGAGGAUAUCCGGAGCUAUGUUGACAAGAUCACCCAGUUGAAAUACGCAGACGCCAUGUAUGCCGUGAAGAAGGACAACGCUCUUUUUGCGAGCAAGGCUAUGCAGGCUCGGUACAACGAAACAGCAUACUGGGACAUCAUCUUCAAGGGUGUCAAGCUUCUCGAUCCUGCGAAGCUGCCGACUUCUAUGGGCCGCCUUGAUGAUUUCGCGAGGGCCAAGAAGCACGCAACUAGAACAUUCAUGGAAGAGGCUGGAUAUGGCACAAGUUACGCAAAUCAGCAGCGGUGCCGCAGACUUUGGAGGAACAUGUUCGAGAUCUUCUGUCACGAAUAUCCGAAACACACCGAGCCCUCUCUGGUGGAGACGAUUCAACAGUGGGAUAACAUAUACAGCCCACACAUCAAACAACUUGAAAUUCGAGUGAAUAAAGAGAAUGAAAGAGACUACGGAGUAAAAUUAUGGCUGAGUCAGUCCGGGAACACGUGGUUCUCCAGUGCGAAAGAGGCCGCUUUCCAAUCUUCCGGACCACACAAGGCGUCCCCUGACGAACUUAGGGCAGGGGGGGGGGGGGACGGAAACAAAUCCAUCUUUAUAACGCUUCUGCCCAAAGAUAAGAGCUUCCUGUCCGUUUGUCCUAUUAUUCCGGUGCAAGAAGGAGACAUAUUGGGCGUCUUUGCUGGGAUGAUUCGGUACUCAGAGAAUUUUGACGCUAUAUAUGGUGUUCCUGGUCCAGGGGAUAAACUCUGGCUGGAUUACUCGCAGGUUACUGGACCAUUAAACCUAAUAAGAGUAACGCCACCUGACGGGGAUGCUAACGUGUCGCUCCGGUGGGAGCUUCUCGAAGAGGCAGGAAAACAAGAGUCGCGGAUGACGUGGAGGGUGUUAGUGCGGGCACUAAAGCGUUUAUCAACAACAGUUAGUAUUCACUCCUAA